AUGCGUGCGGGGCUCUUUCCUUUUGCCUCGUUGCCCUCCUGAGAGCAAGAUGGGUCACCAGCAGCUCUACUGGAGCCACCCGCGAAAAUUCGGCCAGGGUUCUCGCUCUUGCCGCGUUUGCUCAAACCGGCACGGUCUGAUCCGGAAAUACGGCCUCAAUAUGUGCCGCCAGUGUUUCCGUCAGUACGCGAAAGAUAUAGGCUUCAUCAAGUUGGACUAAGCACUCUUCUUCUAAUGGAUAAUCCAAGCCGUCUACCUGAGGAAAGAAACCAUGCUAUCCCUUUGUACAUAAAAUAAAAUUUAAAAAAAAUUUA